AUGAUCAUUAUCGUUGGCGGCGGCCUCGCAGGCCUGAGUCUCGGGCAAGGCCUCAAACAAGCCAACAUCCCGUUCCGCAUCUACGAGCGCGACACCCACGCUUCCUUUCGAGCCCAAGGUUACCGCAUUCGCAUCAGCUCAGACGGCGCAGCGGCGCUCAAAAAGCUGUUUCCGCCACGCCUGUACGACGCUUUCGAGGCUACCUGUGCGAAAGUCGUUCUCGGAGGUCAUGCAGUCAAUGCCGCGACUGGAGUCGAGCUGGAGUUCCACCUGCCUGGCGGUCGCGGUUCGCCACAGCAUGCUGGGAAGUCUCACAAUGCUGAUCGUGCGGUUCUGAGGAAUUUGUUGCUGCAUGGGCUGGAGGGCUACGUCGAGUUCGGCAAGAAGAUGGAGCGUUACGAAUUGAACGAGGGUGGUGGUGUCACUGCGCACUUCUCGGACGGGUCCAUUGCCGAAGGUGACUUGCUCAUUGGUGCCGACGGGGUGAGAAGUUCCGUGAGACGCCAGCUGCUGCCCGACUUCAAGAUUCUGGACACGGAAGGCCGUCCUGUGUUCGGAAAGACUCUGGUCUCUGAUCCAUUGACCACGCAACUCCCGAAGCAGAUCGGAAAUGGCCUGACGCUUGCAUACAAGGAAGACGAGCCCCGGAUGAAGCUCUUCACCGAUGGCAUGGCGUUUGACCGAACGCUAAGUACUGAGUAUGAGCACGAAAUGGAUCUGAAGGUUCCGGCGGACUACAUCUACUGGGUGCUGCUAUUCCGCAAAGAUGUUCUCCCCGACGAACAUGCAAACCUCCUUUCACUUUCUGGCCACCAAUCCGUCGAGAAGUCUCUUGAGCUCACUGAGAGCUGGCAUCAUAGCCUCCGGGUGCUUCUUGAAGAGCAGAUCCCAGACGCCGCAUCAACGCUCGCCUUCCUGACCUCGACGCCAAGCUUUGGCUCGGACUGGGAGGCUCAGUCAGGGGAGGGUAAGGGUCGGGUCACGCUUAUGGGGGAUGCGGCGCAUCCGAUGCCGCCAGUCGGUGGUAUCGGAGCCAACGCCGGCUUCCAGGACUCAGCGGCUUUGUUCGCCGCUCUACGAGACGCCAGCGAACCCAGUGGUCGCGGUGAACAGGUGGUCAUGGCCCACCAGAAAGCGAUGCUUGAGCGAGCGCAACCGGUGGUGGACAUGUCUGCGGGUGGAGCUGGGCGGUUCUUUGGGAUGAAGCCCAUGGAUGAGCUGAAGCCUGCAGAACUGUGGCAUUGA